UCCGUCAUCGCUGUCUCGUGCGUCUUACCCGCUUAGUCUUGCUUUCCCCCCUCCCCCUCUCCUCUCCUCUCCUCUUCUUUCCUCUCCCCUCUCCCCCCUCUCCCCUCUCAAUCGUGCGAGCGCCAUGGCUUCGUCGGACCAAGAGGCCGCCACUGCGCUCAAGGUGCAGGGCAACAAGGCCUUUGCUAGCCAUGACUGGCCCACGGCUAUCAGCUUCUACACGCAAGCUAUCGAGAAAUACGACAAGGAGCCCUCGUUUUUCAGUAACCGGGCGCAGGCUCAAAUCAAACUCGAGGCAUUUGGCUUCGCGAUCGCAGACGCUACCAAGGCACUAGAGUUGGACCCCUCCUACGUCAAGGCGUAUUGGAGACGAGCUCUUGCAAAUACCGCGAUUCUCAAUUACCGCGAAGCGCUCAAGGACUUCAGGGCUGUGGUCAAGCACUGCGAGAAGCUAGUGCGCCGCAUCGAGUUCGAGAAAGCCAUCGAGGUUUCCGACCCACCGUCAGUCUUCGAGGAGCUGAAUAUCGAUUCAAUGGUGGUGGAUGACGGCUACGAUGGCGUCCGGUUAGGCAACGAGAUGACGCAGGAGUUCAUCGAUGAUAUGAUCGAGCGGUUCAAGAACGGCAAGCUUAUCCACCGCAAGUACGUCUUCCAGAUCAUCAAGGCGGUUAAGGAGAUUGUCUAUGCGGAGCCGACAAUGGUGGAGAUUGGGGUUCAGGAGGGCAAGAAGUUGACGGUCUGCGGUGACACACAUGGUCAAUUUUUCGAUCUCUUGGAGAUCUUCAGACUCAACGGAUACCCGACAGAUACACAUGCGUAUCUCUUCAAUGGUGACUUUGUGGAUCGUGGCUCGUGGUCGACGGAGAUUGCCCUUCUUCUCUAUGCAUACAAGUGGCUGCGGCCAAAUGGUAUGUUCCUGAACCGCGGAAACCACGAAACAGACGACAUGAACAAGGUGUACGGCUUUGAGGGAGAGUGUCGGGCCAAGUACAACGAAAAGGUGUUCAAGGUCUUCUCCGAGUCAUUCUCGGCCCUGCCCCUGGCGACAUUGAUCGGAGACAAGUACCUGGUUCUACACGGCGGCCUCUUCUCCGACGACAAGACCACCCUCGACGACAUCCGGAAACUGGACCGUCACAACCAGCGACAGCCCGGCCAGCAGGGCUUGAUGAUGGAGAUGCUCUGGACUGACCCGCAAACGGAGCCCGGCCGAGGCCCCAGCAAGCGAGGCGUCGGUCUGCAGUUCGGUCCGGAUGUCACGAAACGGUUCUGUGAGAAGAACGGCCUCGAGGCUAUUAUUCGCUCGCACGAAGUGCGCAUGGAUGGCUAUGAGGUUGAGCAUGACGGCCGAUGCAUCACUGUCUUCUCUGCACCAAAAUACUGUGACACCACAGAAAACAAGGGUGCUUUUAUCAACAUUGGCCCGGAGCUCAAGCUGAAUUACCAGGUCUUUGAAGCCGUGCCUCACCCUGACAUCAAGCCAAUGGCCUACGCCCAGAACUCUAUUCUUUCCAUGAUGUGAUUUGAUUGAUGACUUUUGAUUGAUGUGUGAUUCCGAGCGCGGGUCGGCGUUCAUCCGGAUUCCAACGAUUCUUCCCAGAUAUGUCGGUCGAUCCGAAGGAGAGAUGUGGCUUUCCUCUAUAUUUACUGUCAUCUGCUGUUCGAGAGGAUAUCAUUACAUGACUAUGUAAUAUGCCAUGGCAUGUAUGAUGUCUGUAUCCACUUCAGCAUUUUGCAUAGAGAGCAGAUAUUUACAUUGGAGAACAUGCUAUGAUAAACGAUAUGAAAUCAAGUCAAGAGAUUUUCCUUAUAUUCAUUUGGCCUAGCUUCAAGAAAUUGCCUGCAGCUUAGUUUGUGUCAAUAACUAUACCAAAGUACCGCGAACCGAAAUAUUGAUCUACAUGGUAGAUAUUAGAUAGAGGGGUUGAUAAGUCGACGAUAUCCACCCGAUUGUACUCCCCCGCCUG